UAAUUGGUAUCAAAUCAUCUCUGAAUUCCCUCCCAACUUCCACACACACCAAAGCCAAGAGCCCAAGAACUUCCUCUCUCCCCUCCCUUUUCUCUCUCUAGAACCAAUUUAUACAUAUAUAUAGAGAGAAAAUGGGUGGGAAGAGAUUCGCCGUCCUCCUCUGCGCAGAAGAUUCCGAUUACGUGAAGAAGAUCUAUGGAGGGUACUUUGGGGUGUUCGUGAAAAUGCUGGCCGAAGAAGGCGAGACCUGGGACAUGUACAGAGUCGCCGGCGGCGAUUUCCCCGACGAGGAGGAGAUCGGCGACUACGACGGAUUCGUCAUCACCGGGAGCUGCAGCGAUGCGCACGGCAAUGAUGUUUGGAUCUGCGAGUUGUUGAGUCUGCUCAAGAAAUUGGAUUCCAUGAAGAAAAAAGUUCUGGGUAUUUGCUUUGGCCAUCAGAUAUUGAGCCGUGCAUUGGGGGGUAAGAUAGGCCGGAACACCUCUGGUUGGGACAUCGGUGUUACAACCGUUCAUUUGUCAUCAUCGUCGAAGCUCUUCACAUCUCUGAAAAUGCCUGCUCUGCUACCGGUGAUUGAAUGCCAUCGCGAUGAGGUGUGGGAACUGCCACCCAAGGCAGAGGUAAUCGGGUGGUCCGAUAAGACAGGGGUUGAGAUGUUCAAGUAUGGUGAUCACAUUAUGGGCAUCCAAGGUCAUCCCGAGUACACUAAGGACAUUCUUUUGCACCUUAUCGGCCGCCUUCUCCAGCGCAAUUUCAUCGUGGGUGCUUUUGCUGAUGAGGCGAAGGCUAGGGUGGAGAAACAUGAGCCAGACAGGGAGGCAUGGAAGAAAUUGUGCAUCAGCUUUCUGAAGGGUUAGAUUGUGAUGAAAAACUUCAAAAGAAAAAAAUAAAAAUAAAAAAAGAAAAAAGAAAAAAAAAAAUUUGGGGAAUGGAAUUGUAAAUAUGAACUAAUUUGGGCAGUCGGUUAGAGGGGUGCCUUAAGGCAGCGAGCAUGUAGCACAGCUGCAUUAGGCACAAUGGAUGUGGAACUUUAAUCAUCGUUGGAUGUAAUCAUGUCACAUAUCCUGAAAUUGACAAAAGACCAACUAAAUUAUUGAAUUUAAGUUGUUUCCCAUUCAAAUCUA